CCCGCCGCUAUCUGCAACUCCAGUCGUACGCAUCUUCGGGCAUGAGCGAGGGGCGUCUGCAGCACUUGCUGCAGCCCAUCCGGUACGUUCUCCUUCUUCUCCGCCCUCUCGUCUCCCUUCUUCAUCCUCUUCUCUCUCCAGGGACUUGAGCAAGAAUUGGAACAUCGAUUUGGCCUCGGAACUCGAGGAAUACAUGGACAAACUCGAGAACCUCAACAUUGCGUUCGAUCCCGAGGACGGCGCUAGCAUCGCGAACGGAGAAGAACCUGGCGUCAUGAAUUUCGCAGAGGCAGCGCUGCUAAUUCAGGGCACGAGCGUCAUUUACAGUCGCAAAGUCGAGUAUUUACAUGCUCUAGUGUAUCAAACACUGGCACAUCUGUCCAAACCGGACGAUAAGCAGCAGAACCAACAGAAUGGAGACACUGGAGAGGAGCAGGGCGAAGAGGACGACGAAGAUGCAGAAGCUAGUGUGUUUAAUAACCCUUUGCCGCUGUAUGACGAGUUGGAGGAGGCUAAGUCGACGCAUAUUACACUUAAGAGGGCGAAAGAGGAGGGCGAGGAUACCGAAAAUGACCGACGGAGGAAGAGAAAAGAGGCUAAGGCUCUUAACAAAAGCAAGAACAACAUUCAGGCGUCUAUAGCGCUCAUGGGGUCGCUUGUACCGGACGAGAGAGACCACGGAGAGACGUUUAAAUUGCUGUCGUGCAACUUACACUCAACUGGUGUGUUGCUGCUGGACGAAGCGAGUAAAAAAUAUCUAAAACCAGGGCAAUACACUGCUGGAGACCAGUCUCUUGCGUUUGGAGAGACUCCAGGACGGCAAGGAGGCAUGUGGGUCGCUGCAGAUGGCGAGAAUCCGGCCACAACAUUGAAUUUCGACGAUAUGGAUGUCAACGACGACGACGAACAUGAAAACGCCUUCGUUGAUCAACCAGACUAUGAAUAUGAUUCAGGAGAGCCUGUACAAGACGUUCCGAUGGACGAAACAGUGGAAAAUACGCAGCAACUGGAGCAAACUACCGACUCUCGUCCUGCUACACGGUCAGUGACUGCAUUGUCUACAGUUGAGAAGGAUCCUUGGGCCCCUGUGGACGCUUACGACGCCAGUACUGCAGUCGCUCGGCCAUUCAAGAAAGGUCGGUCAUACCCUCGUGUUCCAGCUUACAAGAAGAAGAAGACUGGCCCUGCAGCUCUUAGCAACAAGGACGGCGCUGUGGGAAUGGACGAUGAAGUAGAACAAGACGGAUUGUCGGAUCCUGCGUUCCAAGACCGCUUCUUUAUGAGCUCGACCGGCCCGCAGUGGGCUUCGUGGGUUUGGUCCGAAACAGCGAGUGAAAAUCCACUCGAGAAGACUUGCAAACGCACAUUUUGCAAAGCUCCUUUGCUUGUAAAAACGUGCGAUGCAUUGUGGCAACGGGAGGCGAAAUGGAGAAGCAUCAUGCGUCGUUGUGAAGCUCGUGAGAAGCAGAGCGCUCAAGCUAUGCUGCUGCGUGAACAGGCCAUGGAAGAGGAGGAGGCAGACAACGAUCAGAUGCAGGCUUUGACGCUGUCAACAGCUACUGCUCGACUGGAUAUGGCGUUCCGGAACGAUGCGAAUGACAAUGAAGAGGAGGAUAGCAAUGGAGAUAACGACUAUGACGGUGGAUUUGAUGGCGAUUGGGACCAAGGUGAUUUUGAUGACCCUAUGAGCUCCUAUGAGGCUGUGGAUACUUCCGGUGGGCCGCUAACGUACGAGGAAAUCUGCAGACAACACUUGGCGUCCUUCAUGUCGGGCACCGAGAAGUAUGUGCGUGAGACAGACCUUAGUAAAAAGGUCAGUGAUUGGCAGGAUAAGCUGUCGCCGCUGUUGAAGCAACAGGAUACUCGCCCUCCGUUUGAUAUUCACCAGUAUGGCCGAGAAAUUAUCGGUCGUCUGGAAGAAGAACAGAAGAAUUCCAGUCUUGAAAAGCACACAAAAACUACGAAAAAGGCCCAAAACAAACGCGCGAGACUGGCAACAGAAGAAGAAGAGACUGAAACUGUGCCAUUCGAGACACUGGUGGAUGGCAAAAGUCAAUUUGAAGUGUGUCGACUCUUUUUGGCGUCGUUGCAACUGGCGAAUAGUGGAAAUGUGGCGCUUUCUCAUGCUCGUACGGCGGCAGAACACGGACAAGUGCCCUUCGAGAUGCAACUGCUUAGCACCGCCAACGUUUUCGAAGCACUGCAAGCGUAAUAUAUAUAUCAAAUGCAUACAAAAGUUUUUUUGGUGUCAAAAUAGUUGAAAUUAUUGCCUCCUUUUCAUAAUGC